UUUCAGCUUAGAGUGGGUGUGUUUUCUCUCACCUUCACUUGUCCGAGAGAGAGACGAAUUCCAGUGAUUUCGCUUCGAUUUCUUCUCCAAUGAAGGGGUUUCUCACAUUCCUGUUGAUUUCUUUACUUGGUGAGCUCCAUUGAUUCUGAAAAAGAAGGGAUAUUGAGAGAUCGUCCACAGAGGAAAAUCACACCUAAGAAAAAGAGUUGCAGGUAAAAUGAAGAGGAGGAUUUGCAUUUCGUCGGAUGAUGGUAGUGGUAGCAGUGGUAGUAUGCCAUGUUGGGCUGGGAAGGAUACUAAAUUAGACACUCUUCUGGAGCAGCUGAUUGAUUCUGUUCUUUUGAUGAACAAUAAGUUGGAGGGACUAAGUAAUCGAGUCAAUGCACUAGAAGAAAAAGUGAAUGCAGAAAUCAUGCUCGGAAGGAAGGAGAGGACUGAGUUCAUGGAUGAAGUCAAGUCAGAAUUAGCGAAACUGAAGGAAGCCCAAGAACAAGAGCAGACAGUAUUUGUAGGUUCUCAUCUAGUGCAGAAGCUGUCAAACCUGCAAAAGCUAGUGGAAAAUGAAUUGCCUGUGUCUGUGGAUAUUGCUAGCAGCAGUAAAGGUUUGGAUGUGCUGCAGGAACAACCAAAUAGGAGGGGUAUGCAUUUGAAUGUUGUGCAGCCACCAAACAAUGGAUCAUGGACUGAAGACUGGAGGCUGUGGCAGGAUUCGCAUUUGGACGUAGAGCUGCCAAAUCGGCGUUUGAAUGUCUCGGAUUUUAAUUACAGAAUCAGCUUUGCUUGUGGGGAGGACCAUUGGAGGCCACCUGAUGAAAAUUGUACAAAAGUAAAUGUGGGUGUUGCUGUCUCCUUGAAUGAGACGUCUGCUUAUGGAGUCAUUGCCAGAAAUCAUUUGGCUGAGCUCAAAGGGUGUAACACUGGUUAUUUUUGGGGGAAAAGCCUCUUGGAAGCUGAAGCCAGAGCUUAUCUUGAUGGAGUUGAAUUUGCUGUCAAGAAUGAGCUGGAUCAUGUUGUUAUUGAGGGUGAUGCUCAGAAUAUCAGUGAAUUUCUAAAUGAUGCUGAUCACCUUCUGCCUAGGUGCAUUGAACACGAGAUUGUGAGGAUCAGAGAGCUGGCAAGCAACAUUCCUUUCAUCAAGUUCAGAUUCAUCAAGGAAUGUGCCAACAAGGCUGCUAACACUCUCGCUAGCUAUGCUAAGUCCAACUCGAUUGCUCGCAGACAGUUAUCCUCUCCCCCUCCUAUUAUUACUUCUCUCUUAGAUGCCGACAGUAAUUGUUCAAAAAUCAAAGAAAAUGCAGUGGUGGAUGGAAAUUGGUGGGACAGUGACUAAAUCGUAUGAUGAGACUGGCCGGAGUCCACCCGGAAAUACAAAGGCGGGAAUGUUUCUGCGCUUUAUAUGAGACACAUAAAUCUCCAUUCCAGGCUUCCACAAAGUGUACAUACCGACAGAUUGCUUGAAUUCCGCAACAGUUGCCCUUAUAUCAAAUUCUCCACCUUCAUGUACAGGAGGAACCCCUUGAUUGCGUUGCAGGCCCAUGAAGUAACAGCAAUGGCAUUGCUUGGAUUUGUCAGAGAAAUCACCAGGAUGCGGAUGACAUUGAAGCAUUCCGCAAGUGUCCCUCUCAAUCUUCAUAGUAAGCUGGCGUAGCCGAGACUCUACCCAGCCUUUCCAAUUCCGUAGGUCAUCAUCA